UUAUAAAUUAUUAUUUAUAUUUUUCUUGUUUUUCAUUAUUAUUAUUACUUUACUUUCUUUUAAAUUCUGAAUUUAUAAGCUUCAAAUAUCACACAAAGAGAGAAAGAUAGUAGAGUUUCUUCUUCUCUUGUCCACAACCUCUCUCCCCUCUUCUUCUAGGCUUUCAUACUGAUGAUGAUGAACAAAGAUAUGUUAUUUCAUCAUCAACAGCAACAAGUGGAGGAAAACAUGUCCAAUCUAACAUCAGCUUCAGGAGAUCAAGCAAGUGUGUCCUCAGGAAACAGAACUGAAACUAGUGGCUCCAACUUUCAGUACAACAUUAAUCCAAAUCAGCAACAAGAAGAACAGUGUCCUGCUCCACAAAAGAAGAAGAGAAACCAACCUGGCAAUCCAGACCCAGAUGCAGAAGUGAUGGCUUUAUCACCAAAAACACUAAUGGCAACAAACAGAUUCAUAUGCGAAAUCUGUAACAAAGGGUUCCAAAGAGACCAGAACUUGCAGCUUCACAAGAGAGGACACAAUCUACCAUGGAAGCUUAAACAAAGAUCAAACAAAGACGUUAUAAGGAAGAAAGUCUAUGUGUGUCCUGAGCCAAGCUGUGUCCAUCAUCAUCCAUCAAGAGCUCUAGGAGACUUAACAGGAAUCAAGAAGCAUUUUUUCAGAAAACAUGGCGAGAAAAAAUGGAAAUGCGAUAAGUGUUCGAAGAAGUAUGCGGUGCAAUCAGAUUGGAAGGCUCAUGCUAAGACUUGUGGCACUAAAGAAUACAAAUGCGACUGUGGUACUCUCUUUUCUAGGAGGGAUAGCUUCAUAACUCAUAGAGCAUUCUGUGAUGCCUUAGCAGAAGAGAGUGCAAGAGCCAUACCAAACCCUAUUCUCAUCCAAUCUUCAUCUCCUCAUGAUCAUCAAACUCAACACAACAUCAACUUCUCUUCUUCCUCGCAAAACAUCACCAGCAACAACAACAAUAUCCAUGCUCAUGAACUUCCUACGAAGCAAGAAGAGCCACAUCAUCAGUUCCACAACAUCCCUCCUUGGCUCAUCUCAUCAAACCCUAACCCUAGUGGCAAUAACGCUAAUUACUUCCCGCUUGCUUCUUCUUCUGCAAGCUUCCACCACUCAUCUCCGGCAAUGUCAGCCACAGCUUUGCUCCAGAAAGCAGCUCAAAUGGGUCACUCAAAGCCAACAACUACACCAGAGGAAGAAGAAGAGAGGGCAGCGUCGUUGAUGACUACAACAACAAUGGCUGCAUCGAUGAUGACGUCACCAUCAGAACAUGGAUUCGGGUUUCAAGACUACUAUAUGAUGAAUCAUCAUCCUCAUCAUCACCACGGCGUUGGAGAAGCUUUCAACGGUGGUUUUAUCGCCGGAGACGAGAAGAACGAUGUGGGGGACGACGGUGGAGGAGAGACUAGAGAUUUCUUGGGGUUAAGAUCGUUAAUGUCUCAUAAUGAGAUUCUAAGUUUCGCUAAUAAUCUUGGUAACUGUAUCAACACUUCUGCUUCAGAGCAGCAACAGCGAUUCAGCCAUCAAGAUUAGGUACUAGGUCGCUAGCAUAUGUAUAGAGAUAUUUAUAUAGUUUUAAAAAUUUAUUAGUGUUCUCGAAAUAUAAUUUUCAUAUAAGGUUUUUAUAAUUCUA